AUGGAUCAGACUUCGUGGAGGUUGUAUGGGCUGCACUUGGAUGCGUCGCUGUGGCGUGCCCUCGCUUCCGACCUGUGCCUCCUCCUGCCGGACGGAGGAGACCAGGGGCGGAUGGUCACCUCCCUCGCCCGCCACUGCCAGGCGCGACUGCUGGUGCACCGCCGCUGGCGGCGAUUCGACUACGCAGGUGUUGCUUCGCGUCUCCUCUCCUCGCUGUCGGGCUUGACGGCCAAGCCACGCCACCUUGGCCAAGGACACCCUGAAGGUGACGCCGGCGGCGAUGGCGAUGGCGAUGGCGAUGGCGAUGGCGACGGCGACGGCGACGGCGACGGCGAUGGCGAUGGCGAGCUCUACUCGAUCGCACUGUCGGACCGCCGCCUGUGCGCGCGCUUUGCUCGUGUGGUUCACGUGUACGCGCUCCCCGCGCUCCAGCUCGAGUGCCUCCUGGCCUCCGGUCCCGGUGCUCAGCCCCUUCGUAUAGAGGGCGACGUGGUCGCGGUGGUCUGCGACGGGGAGAUCCUCCUGUACGACCUGCUGCCGUCCUCCUCCUCGGCAGAGUGCCCCUCUCUCGUCGCAACAAGGGCGCCGUCGCGUACCGUACCGCGGGUGGAAUCCGAAAUCUACGGCUGCUACGACGUGUGCGUGGCCAUGCGGGGCCGCCUGCUCGUCGCCAUCUACGGAUGCGACCACAUCCGCAUAUGCGACUUGGACGCGGCCGACGACGGGAUGCUGGUGCCCGUCGUGCCCGAUGAAGAGCUUCCGAAGGAGAUGGUGGAGGAUGUGCAGUUCGUAUCCGACACAGUCUUUGCUGUGUCCCUCAGCCUUUACACCACCACCUUGAUGAACGUGCAGGGUCAGCGGGUGGCCGUCCUGCGCGACGUGCGCCGGGUGCCUCCAGUGACGCCGUGGUACGACGUCGGCCGCGUGAGUUGCCUCUACGCGCAAGGCCCCAUACUCUGCACCGGCGAUGGGGCGGGUGCCAUCAAGUCGUGGGACUGGGCGGGAGGGCGUCUGCUGGGGCGGGUGCAGGCCCACAGAGCGCAUGUGAUGGACGUACAUCUGUCCGUGGACGGCAAGCGCAUGGCCACCGCCGGACACGACAACCGCGUCGGCUUGUGGGAGCGGGUCACCGCCACCGCCACCGCCAGCAGCGGCCUCACGGACCCACACCACCACAGGAGCACCACGCGGCAGCCAACACCAGAAGGAGAAGAAGAGGAAGCAGUUCUCCAGGCCUGUCUGGACUACACGGAGGCCGUCGAAGAAGGUGGCGGGUGGACGUGGACCCGGAUGGGCGAGCUCCAGUUUGCACACGCCGUACACGCCGUGCGGCUCGACGACGCCCGGCUCUGCGUGGCGGCCGGCAACGUGCUGCACGUCAUGGGCGUGUGA